GCCAAAGGCUUGUGAGAAUCUGGUGGAUGCUGGACUUAUCCCCCUUGCUGCUGCUGCUUCCCAGGGGCUGCCAGGGCAUGGACUACUAACGCCUUGCAUUCUACCGUGGGAGGCUACCGGUUUGCUUUAUGCUCUAAUCAGAUAAAAAAAAUUUGACACCAAGAUGGGAAAACAGAACAGCAAACUACGUCCUGAGGUCAUGCAAGAUUUGCUAGAAAGUACAGACUUUACAGAACAUGAGAUCCAAGAGUGGUACAAAGGCUUCUUGAGAGACUGUCCAAGUGGACAUUUAUCUAUGGAGGAGUUUAAGAAAAUAUAUGGGAACUUUUUUCCUUAUGGGGACGCUUCUAAAUUUGCGGAACAUGUAUUCCGCACUUUCGAUGCUAACGGCGAUGGAACAAUAGAUUUUAGAGAAUUUAUCAUAGCCUUGAGUGUAACAUCUAGAGGUAAACUGGAGCAAAAGCUGAAGUGGGCAUUCAGCAUGUAUGAUCUGGAUGGAAAUGGAUACAUCAGUAAGUCAGAAAUGCUGGAGAUAGUGCAGGCAAUCUAUAAGAUGGUUUCUUCGGUAAUGAAGAUGCCAGAAGAUGAGUCAACACCAGAGAAAAGGACAGAGAAAAUCUUCCGUCAGAUGGACACCAAUCGAGAUGGCAAACUCUCUCUGGAAGAGUUCAUCCGAGGAGCCAAGAGUGAUCCAUCCAUAGUCCGUCUCCUUCAGUGUGAUCCUAGCAGUGCAGGGCAAUUCUAAAACAGUUCUUUGGAUGAAUUAUGUAUCUGCUUUUUGUUUUGUUUUUUUGCCAAACAACAUUCAUGGUGGUGUUGCCUCCGUAUGACCAAUUAUGCCUUCUUUUGUGGCAUCUUUUAGCUUCUUUUGUUGUGGAUUAAUUAUAAGAAUGCUGAAUGCUCUUAAUAGUUUGUCCAGAACACAGACAGAAUACUGUUUUAAAUGGACAUUGUGGUGUUAACUUGUUUAGAAGAUUUUAUUUUGUUCAGUUUGUCUGCUCUCAAAAGUAAACAACAAGAAGGAAGAAACCUUCAGCAAGACAUUAUUGCCAGAUUUUAGAAUGCUGUUUUAAUAGCUGAAAAUUCACCCACAGGAUCUGAAGCACAAUAGUGGUUGAAGUGCAAAGUGUUACAACAGGUGCAGUAUUUGAUUUGUACAGUCUUUUUUAUCCAGCAGGCACAAGUGAAACUACAAGUCAGGAUGAGUAAGAAGUGUUAAUACAAUAAAUUAGCAAGUUCUAGCCUACUUCAAUCUCCCUACAAUGCCACGUUGUUUCUAUACUGUGAAAGUUUUUAAGGUGCAUUGAGAAGGGGGGGAAAUGAUCAGCUGUUUUUUUAACAGGCUUGUGCUGGUUGAUUUAACACGGUUUUAUCUGGAAAUCAAACACAAUUUAUAAUCCUGAUUAAUACAAAAAACAAAAAAAAACAGAUGGAUGUUACCUGUUGCCAUUUGGAAUUAGUAAGUGUAGUUGUGUAUAUUACAAACUGAGUAUUGAACACAAAUUUAAGGGAGAUAUGCGUUGAAUGAAAGAUUUUCAGAUUAGUAAUAAAGCAGUUUCUACUGCAGGAGACUGGGAGUUGAACUAAGAAAUAACAUUGUGCAACCUUAAGCAGCUGACACUGAGACAUGUCCACUGUUAUGAAUGUUUUUGUCUAGACUGGACUUUUUUUUCUCUCUCUCUCUCUGUGCACAUAGAUAAUGCGGUUCCUGUGUCUGCUUCUAAAGGUUGGAGAGCUACUAUCACAAACUGUUUUAAAGCUAGAAUUGUAGAAUUCAUACUUCAUUUACUUUAGUGGGGUUGAAAGAUCUGUACUGAAACAAGGACAUGGUACGCUUAAUAAUAUAUUUAUAUAUAUAUAAAUGUUUUAAAAAAAUUAGAUGUAAGAGAAAACUGUUGAAUGUUUAUCUUUUCUCUUGGAUGCAAAAGGAUUUCUGAAACUUGCUGCUGCAAAAUUCUUUCAUUUGGUCAGGGUCACUAUAUUCCAAGCAGUGUGUACGUUUGGGAUCCCUUAAGGAAUUUGCAAGCACUGCUUUGGCAAAAAAGCUUAGCAACGGGAGGUACUAUGCUGACCGAGUUUGAGAUAACCUGUCAUUUGUUGAGUCUGCUUUGUGAUAUGAUAGGUGAUAUAUCACUGCAGUCACUGCCCAAUAUCAGGAACUUGUGAGACUGUUAUAGUAUAAUCAUUGUAUGAGGAGCGAGGUUGAUAUUCUAUUAAGUGACCUUGUAGAUGCUAAACCUCAACUAGCCUUAAUUUAAAAUAAACUGAGUAAAAUAGGUUAGAUCUGCUCCUGCAAACUAGUUAAAUGCUGAUUAGCUAUCAGGAAAAAGCAGUAGAAUAUAUUAACACUGAUCACUAGCUAGGAGAACAUAUAUACAGUAAUUUAGGAAGGAAAAAGAUCCUUGACUUAAUUCUCAAUAUCAUUUUGCUCUGUCAUGCUUAACAUAUGGAGCACAGUGAAAAUUAAUUAUAGAUAACAUAGUUAAUAAGAUCUUUCAAAUUUACUGUAAGUGGCAAAGCAAUCCUGAAUAAAAGGUCAUCAGGCCCAUUUCUUUGUCUCGGAUGACCUAAAGGGCUUAUCCAGAAUCAUUUUCAAUUUAAACAGAAAUGCCAUUGAUGUAAUUCUCCUGCUAAAUGAGCUAAAAGACCAAACAGAGUUAUGUGUGAGAGACAGACAGACCGGGGCACACACAAGUGCAGGUUCAAUACAUAACUUUUUUAGCUUUUAGCACAGUCAUGGAAAUACUACAGUGAAAUUUGCUGGUUGGCUGAAAUGUUUUUUGCCUAUUUCCCAUCCCUGUCUUAUCCACAUCCCACUGGAAAUACUAUGCACAAAACAGAACCUUUAAAGCACUUGUGCUCUUCAAGAUAAUUUUCUGUGUUUGUCAGAAAUAGACCUCAGAGAGGCCUUGGCCCUAGAAGAAAUUUGCUGAGAUCUCCUCAUACUGAAUCAAAGGUCAGUUCUCUCCUUAUUGCCUGGAGGGCCAUUUUUCAUUUGGACAAAUCUGGCUAGAUCCUUGGUUGUUGUAAAUUGCUGCAUUAAGGUGAAUGGGUCUACACUGAUUUACACCCACUAAGGAUCUGCUCCUUCAUCAAACAUAAGCAAUUAGUGUCACUGUAUCAAAGCCCUUCUUUGGGUCACUUCAUCACAUCCACUAUGUAAGAAAAAUAAAUUGGAAUAUAAAUUUUCUAGAAAUCUGAAUACACAUUUGAAAAAUUCCAAUCCCAGGUAUCAUUGCAGGCUUGUGGAUCAAAAGCAGACAAGCUAGAAAAAUUGACAUUUAUUAAAGUUGAAGUAAAGUAUGCAAAGUGGCUAGCUCCUACAAUUAGUUUGUUUUUAAUACAGUGAAAGCAGUUGCAUGUGACUGAAACUAUUAAAAUUUUGCUUUUUUUAAGCAGCUGCCUUCCAUCUCUUUUUUUUGUACUAUGAAAAUCCUUUGGCCCAGAACCUAGUUCCUCAAUUUGGUGUUUGGCUGUUUUUUGACAGAAUCAAUUUGUGUAUUAGUACUUUAAACUAUGUGCUUGAAAAUGCAACCUGUGAUAUGACCCCAAGCCAGUGGAGUUGUAAUUCUUUCCACUGAAAGACUAGGAAUGUAACCCACAGCUGCAGAGGACAUAAAUAACUGGAGAUAUGGUUAUUGUAUAAACAUUUACAAAAUGCAUGAAGAUUAUUCCUUAUUUCUGCCUGCCUUUCACAAUUUAUUUUGUUUCAAAAUAUUAACUGUUCCUUUCUUACUCUUCAAGUAAAAAUUGUAGAUAUUUUUAAAAUGAUCGAUAAUUGAAUUUGUUAAAUGAAUAUCUGCAGUUUAUUGGCUAACAAAACAAACACAGUACUGGUAUGCAGCAUUUCUUUAUUGUCUUGCUAAUUGUCGUUAUUACCUUCAGUGAUCUCUCAAAAAAAGAAUGACCAAAACAAAAUGUCACAGCAGCAUAGCCAUUUUUAAGGGAAUGAAAGUAUCCGCAUCUCAGACUGUAGACAGUACAGGCUGCUUGAUACCACUUACUGUAACUUUGUAGAUACAUUUUCAAUAAUACUUGUGUUUGUUUGAUAGGUAAACUUGACUGAUCUGGCAUCCAAAAAUGUUUAGUGUUUUGUGUCUAGCAUGUAGACCUAGCAACCGUAAAAGGGUAAAUUAGAACUCUAUUUACAUGGAAUUCCUAGUGAACAGAAGUGGUGUUAGUUCCUUGCUGGGGGCUUGCCCUUGAAGGAGAGUACCAGUCAUCUGUGCAGAACUAUAGCAGAAACUAUAGCAGAACAGAAACUAUAGCAGCCAAGCUGUAAAGCCAUUCAGUAUUCACUUUACUGAGCUCGGAAAUUGGGAACUUGAAACACAGCCUCUGUAAAGCCAGGUAGCAUACUUUUUGGGGCACUCUGGAUUUGAGGGAAAUGAAGCACAACCCUCUUCCAACAUCUGAAACCCCAUGAACCCAAAGGAUUUGGAGGUCCUCUGAGACCUUCAGGUAAAGUUGUAGUAUACUUCCUAUUAAGCUUAUGACUUUUGAACAUUUCUCACCAUCAUUGUUGAGUUGCCUCAUGCUUCAUUAUUUUCUGUUAUAGCAUUUGACCUCUACACUCUCUCAUGUUUAAAUAUCCUAAACAUUACCAUUGUUUUAGAACAACAGGAAACUAUGUAUAUAACUACUUUAAAUGGAAGAUAUAUAAGUGCACCUUGAAAUGUAUAAGCUGUGCACCUGGAGACAAUUAUACUAUGAUGAUCUAAAAAUAUAACUGUUCCCCACACCUUUCUCAGUAGAUUUGUACUUGCUAAUGUGGUACUUGAUGAAGUUCUGUGGCUGCAAUGUGCAAUAUGUCCCACUAGAUGAUCACAAUGGUCCCUUCUGACCUUUAAAGUCUAUGACUCUGAGGUAAACCUGUACAUUCAAAGCUAACUUUGUAAGCUCUGAGAUGUGUCCCGUUUUCUAAACCAAUGCUUAUUUUGUGAACUCAGGAAAAAGCACAGCAACAUGAGCAGAGCAGCCCAGUCAAGGUAAGGGAAACUUCGGUAGCAGAGGCCACCAGCCAGCCAUAAUUCCUAGAUGUUUCAUAUUGCAGUCUGGUGUACUAACACUAGAGUAGAGUGUAGUUACACCCUAUGCCGGUGGAAGUGUGAACUUGAGGCUAGGGUCUUUUUUCUAAUGAAUCACUGUUACGAACCACCUUUUCUACAUAACUCUGUUGAUUCAGUUGGUACCUGUGGUGGGUUGGUUUUUUUGGCUGCAAGAUGAAGCGACAGGUGCAAGAUCUGCUGGAAGUAAUAUUUACCCACUGUUUGCUAAGUAGGGCUUCCAACUAUAGCAUAGCAGAUUUAGAUUAAAUCUCAGGAAAAACUUCCUAAGUGUAAGAACAGUAGGGCAAUGGAAAAGACACUUCGGGAGGUUGUGGAAGCUUCUUCAGUGGAAGUUUUCAAAAGCAGGCCGGAUCUUUGCAGGGGUUAAACUAGAUGACCCUUGUGGUCCCUUCUAACCCUAAGUAUCCUGGAUCUAUAUUUGCUCUGUGUUUCACUGUACAUUUAUACUUUAUUUAACAUAUUUAAAGAAGGGGAAAUUGAUUUUUAUAGAUGUUAAGGACACUAUAUAAUUAUAAAAGCAUAGAGAAGCUUUGCAAACACUGGACAAACAACACUCAAGGGUGAAGGGACAAAGGUAGAACAGUAGGUUGGAACCUUAUUGUCUCUACCACCAAAACCAAGUAUAUUUCCAGCAAGCUACAGGAUCACAGCAGGUGCUUGUGAGAAGAGUGAGAUAAUUAGUUCUGCUUCUCUAAUAUUUUCCCCAUGGUGCACUGGCACAUUUUUGGUGUAUUUGUGUGUUGUUUACUAGCUGUUUUAAAGACAAAGGGCCCUGCCUUGAAUAUUGUGUUGUCAUUUACACCUGUGCACAGUUGUAAAUGGCUACCCAAGAUGUAAAGCAGUGGAGAAUCAGGCCCAAAGUGUGGUCUCUCACUGAGAUUCGACUAGGCUUGGCAGAAUUUUGAAUUUUUUAAUAUAAUUUUUACUGAUCAAUGCUUAUUUUUAAGAAUUUGUUCUAUGUUUAUCUAUUUAUCUCUUGAAAUUUUCACACUUGUGGGAAAUGGUGGGGGGAGGGUGUGUGUGGAAUCAGACAAUAUGGGUGAUCAGGCAAUAAUUAUUUAAUGACAGCAGAUGUUGACAGUCCAAAUGUUAAAGCUUUAUAACUGUUAAAAACACAAAUUGUCAACAUCACAUGUCAAAAAUACACAAAGUACAUAUCCUUAAAUCAAACUCUAAUAAGGUCUCAAGCAGCAUUUUUCUUACUUUGCUUUUCUGUAAAUUUUCCUUAUCAAUAGAAAUAUAUAUAUAUUUUAAAUCAAAUCCUUCCAACCCUAGAUAUUACUACAUAAAAAACGGCACCUUCUAACUCAGUAGAUCUGCUCCCCGUGUCUAGUCAGAGUCAGAGCUACUGACUGCAGUGACAUAAAUAAGUUUUUAAUACUUUUUGCCUCAGAAUCCACGUCAGGAGGAGAGGCAGGUGGAUUUUGUGCCUUCAUGUGCAUCAUCAACAGAAUUGUUUACUGUGCUCCAAUUAGAACUCCAGCCAGGUUAGCAGAUGUCACUAAGGGCAUAAUUGGAAGAUAAUGGCAUUUCACAGGUGUCACUGAGGGCAUAAUUUGGCCUGCAGAACUUUGUUCGCCAUCAUCUUACACAAGAAGGAGAGAACUCAGCUUGACUUUUGAAGACCAGCUUUAGUUUUCAAGCUGGCCUUGAAAAAAAUCUUUACUUGUAAAUUGAGAACAUUUGAUAUACAAUUAUUAUGAAGCAAUGGACAUAGAACCCCAUGAUGCCUAUUUCACAGAAAAUGUUCAGAGACAUAUUGCACUUAAAGUAAACAGCCAUUUUUAAAACAUAAGGAAAAAAGUGAAGAAGGGUCUUCUUCAAAUCAGCAUGAAAUACAUUCACACUCUAGAAAUAAAGAACACCUGCAGGAGAUGUUAUAUAUGUAUUCGGGUCAUUUUGAAAGGUGGAUCUAUGUCUUUCCACCACUUCUACCCUAUGAGACUGUAUCUGACUAUAAUAUAUAUGACUAUCUCACUGUAUCUCUCCUUUCAGUGUGACUUUGGCUGGUGGUAUUGGGUUUCUAAGAAUCUGUAUGGUUUUAGGUGGAGAUAGUUUUGGAGCUGAGGUUGGUGCUACAUUUCAGAGGUAUAAGAUGCACAAACUUUUCAGAACCUGCUCUGCCCACCUUUAAUUAUGUUAGUCUAUGAAGCAAAAUAAUAUCCAUAUAGAUUUGACGCAUUUCUUUGAGAAUGCACAUAUUAAAUUCCUGCCCCAGAACAUAGCAUUAUUUAAUUGUACAGUAGGGAUUAAGAAAUCCCUCCUAAAAUGUUUAAUACACAAUGAACAACACAAAUGAGAUCUCUCAUAUAUAGUGAACAAUAUGAAAAGAUCAGAAAAAUGAACGUAUAUUAAUUGUGCCUUUGUCCAGAGAUCAAGGUUUGAAUUCAUUACAGGUGACAUUCAUUCCUGGACUAAAGGCCAUGCAGAACCUUUGCACCACUUCAGGCCCAGUUAAGGUCUAGCAUUUGCCCAGGGGUGAAUUUCUCCCUGCGUGGUACAGACUGAAAGACCCAGGAAAAUCAAUGUACGAAAAAUGAGAAUUCUGUGUCCCUCAACAAAGCUUUACAUUGGAGAAUUUUUCAAUUCAGUUGGUUAGUUCCAUAUUCUGAGGUAAAGUUUUGCCCACCUUGUAGUUGUGUUCAUUAACUGUGAGGUAAAUGGACAUUCCCCUGUCCACUCCAGUGUAAUCCUCAAAAAAGCUUCCUCAGCACAGGCACUCAGAGUAUUAGACUAUAUUAGGCUGAGUCAAGUCUGGGUUUGGAUUCUCAUCUACAUACAGUACUUAAUUACCAUGAUCCAUUUGACAACUCUUCCCCUCCCAAUCAGUGAAUAAGAGGCACUAGCCCUAUGCCUUUGACAUCUGGAAGUGCUGGUACUGCUGCAUCUCUGUGGGUCGACUUUUGCGGGGCAGGACCAGGUUUGGGAGCCUGUGUUGUUGUGUGCUGCUCACCAAACCACAAUAUUUAUUAUUAUUAAAUACUGAACAAAACUCUAAUCAUCUGAAACAAUGUGUGGGUUAAAUUAUUUUGUUUCUAUUAAUCUGCUGCAAACUGAAGCUAAUCAGUUUUGUUAGCCAUCCCUAUGGCUUAUAGAGUAUUGAUUUCUUCAGGGUUGGGACAGGGUCUUCCUACGUGUCAGCUAGACCAAGACAAAAAUUUUCAUCAGAAAUUUUUCCCAUUGAAAAAUGCAGAUUUGGGUUGACUGAAACAUUUCAUCGAUUUGUGCCAAACUGUUUCAGUCAAAAAACACAAACAAAAUCCUGAAAAAAAUCUAAAUGUUAUGUUUCGUUUGACAUUUUUAAGACAAAACAUUUGGAUUUUUCAGUGUAAAAUGCCUUUUCGUUUUGACACUACAACUUCAUUAAUCUUUAAAAAAAAAAAAAAAAAAAAAAAAAAAAAAAACCCUCAAAGCCAAAACAAAACAGCUUGUUUGACGCAGACCCAUUUUUUUUCUUUCAGUUCAGACCCCAAACCAAAAAAAAUUCAGUUUGUUGUAUAGCUCUAGUGUCAGGAUCUAGCACUAGAGAGCCCUGAUCGUGCCUGGGCCCUUCUGAGCCUUCAAUAACAAUUUAAUGCUAACACAUACUCGGACACAAGCUCAACGCUACAUAUUAAAGAUCUUUUCUUUGCUGUUCUCCCCCGAUAAGAACAUUGAAGUGAAGAGUGUGGAUGGCAUUUUCAAGAGUCCUCAGCAUUGGCCUAGCUCUAUACCUGUUGAAGUUGAUGGAGUUUUACUAGUUAUUUCAACAAGGGCAGAGUUAGACAACGUUGUGCUUUUCAGAGAAUUCUCAUCCCAUCUGCCCAAAGAGCCAGGCCACGGUCACUUGAUUGACUUGAUGGCCACCUUGAACACUGAAGGAGCAGAUGAUGAUGAUUAGCAAAACUGUCUGAGAAAAUCUGCUUUAAUGCCAAACCUGCAUUUGCUCUACAACUUGGAUAUCCGCUGUGUGACGAUUAGUGGAGCCCCACACAAUCAUUUGUUGGGAGAUUGUGUUUUUUUAUUUUCUCAUGUAUCCUCUGCAAUUAAACUAUUAGCAUUUCCACUGCAGCCAAAACCUGAUUUGUAAAGUGUUUGGAGGGAAAAAAACAACAGAGGUUCAAGCUGAUAAAGAUCUAAAGAGGCCAAUGAACUAUUUUGCGUCUCAUGCUGGCCAUUUUAAUGCUUGAGAUGAUUGUGUUCUUUUUUAUUUUAUUAUUUAAUUCCUUUAUUAACAUUUCUGUUUAUUGUGUUGUUUUUCUCGGAGCUAUUUUGAAUCAGAGUGAAAUCCAUUUUACUAGAUCUAGUCCGGCUGUUUUUAUUUUUAGUUCUUACUCCAGCAAAACUUCCAUUGAUCUCAGUGGGAGCUUUGCCUGAGUAACAGAAGUGGGUUGUGUGUAGUAAAAAUGGAGUUUUAAUUUGGUCUAGGGAUUGUUUUUGUUGUUUCUUGUUGGCUUUUUGUUUUAUUUUGUUUUUGUCUGCACAAUGUUUGCUGCAUAGGGUUGAACUUGUGAUUGGUUUGACUUGUUUCUUGUAUUAGUACUUGUUAAUUCCUCCAUUCACCCAUGCCAGCCUCUCUGGGUUUUGCAGUUUUCCCUUUUAUGGUUCUGCAGAUUCAGUCCUAUUUAACUUUAACUUUAAAGGGGUGAUCAGUAUUAUACUUUGGCAAAAACACUUGAGGCUGAUCAGUUUAAUAACAUUACCAGUUAUGAACAUACAGGUCUACAUCUUGAUGUAGGGUAAAAAUUUAGGGCCCAAUUGUGUAUGUAUACUAUACAUAUACCCCCCUCCUCCAUUGAAGUCAGUGGGCUUUCCACAAGUCGACCACUUGCAUCUUCAUCUCUUAGGUUGGAAAAUUGAAAUACCCCUUUGUAACCUAAUCGAUGUAACCCAAGGAAGAAAUGUUAAAUUCCGAAAGAAGGGCAAAUAUUAAUUAAACUAGUGCUUUAUUACAGCUGUCUGAAAUCAUCGGUCUUCUAUGUAUAUUCACAUCAGAACGCUGUGGGUCACUUUUUUUGUUUCUGCUGCAAACUCAUUUGGCCACAUUGUGAGACUUUACUCAGUUCUUACGCAGACAAAACUCAAUGAAAGUGACAUCAGUGAGAGCUUUGCCAGUGGAAAGACUUCAGGAUUUGGGCCCUGGGUAUUAUUCAUAGAUAUGUGUUAGAAAUGUUCAGGGUCAGUGGUUAAAGCAAAUCUCUGAAAUGAAAUUGGUAAACAGCCAAUUAAAUUAAAAGGGAGAAGGAGUUGGAUAGCCACUAGAGUAUAUAGUCUGUGUUUCUAAGCAUGAUCACUGUUUGCUAUUUUAUAAAUGUUUAGGACAUUUCUGGAAUUUUUAAUGUGAAAGGAGUAAACUUUUCUUAUUCUGCUAAUGUACCUGCAUUAUGUUUUAUUUUUGUAUUGACUAUCCUUUCCAAUAUGUCAGACAUUUUCUUCUGUAUAUAUGACAUGCAGUUUUAUGGAAGUCUUAGCAGCACUAGUUUGCAUUUUUUAAAGACUGUACUAAUGUGUGGUAAUGUGUUUUAGAAACGGCAUCUUUGUUGUAAGAUGUACAAACUAUUUAAACUGACUUCUUUUGUUGUUGUUCAUAGAAACAGAACUAAGAAAUGCAUGUUCCUGUUCACUUUUCCUUUGUGCAGCUGCAGACAGUCAUUAUAACGAUGCAAUUGGUUUACAUCGUGUACAAAAGCUGCAUCUUAUUUUUAGUAGGGGUUAGUUUAAAACACACACAGACUUUUCCUGAAAAGUCUAUUUUUGUGUAUUUAUCUCUCAACUUCAAGCUUUUUUGAUCACACAUUCUGUGCUGCUCCCAGUGCUACAUGCCUGUGACCAGGUUGGCAUGAGGGCAAGACUCGGAAGUCUUCCCCAUAGACUUAUGCCUCCCUUCCCAUGUGACCCUGGUGAUGAAAUAGCAGUGAGGAGUGCUCAGCUGUCUUAUGAUGUCCUGACUAGAUCACUCAGGCCUUUACCCCCACAAGACAGACUGAUCAGUCACUUUUGCUAUGACUUUCCCCUCAUACUUUAUUGGCUACGUCAAAACAAAAUUAAUGGGUUACUACCUUAGCUUAGCCUAGCGUAGUCCUUUUUUCAUGCUGAUGUGGGUAACUGACUUAAAAACUGUAUCAUUUAAAUACGAAUGAGCCUGAACUGCUAAUGGGUCUGAAUCCUAGUCAGGGUGUUUGGACUGAGCUAGGGUUUAGGUUCAGCCCAUUACCCAGAUGGGACCAAUUAUGAAGUUUAGAUCCACAUUCCUUUAAAGUUUGGGGGUGCUCACAUCCAGGAUUUUGGGAUGGACCAAUCCCGAUAUUUAACAAAUUUUCUGAGAGGAAUAUGGAUCCAUUUUGCACACUGUGCCACUGCAUCUUACAGAUGUUUUUAUGAGAAAACAGUUUAAAAUGCAUCUGGCAAAAUGAUAAAUUUAGCAACUGUUUUUCCUUGUUAUACAAACACACAUAAAACAGAAUUGUGUGGUUAAAAAAGAUACAUUUGUGACAGUUUCUUUUUCAGUGCCAAACAUAUGAGCAGUAUUGUUUGAAGGGAAAUAAGAAUUUUUUACUGUAUUAUUAUUAUUGUUGAACAAAUAUUGUUUUUUAAAUGUUAGAUUUUUGAAGAAUUUUGUAUUGUAAACUGUUUUGUGACAUGGUGCUUUUUCAUACUGGAAUUACUGAUUGCACCGAACUCUGAAUUGUUUUUCUUAUAUAAAUGCGUAACCUUGAACAAUCUUAAUGAACAUCAGUGUAUGGUGAAUACCAAGGUUCACAAAAAUUUCCCUAUUGAAGCCCCUAAAUGUUCCUGCCUACUAAUAAAUAUUCUGCUGCAGCUA